AUGUUGGAGCCGAACUACAAGAUUAUGUUUGGUGGACACAUCCAGGCAAUGAGAGGACCCGCUGAAGCAACUGAAGACCCGGCCCAAGUUCCUUCGGAAGCUCGUGAGCAAGUCGUGGUCUCCCUCGCCCUGCUGGCCGCGGCCGGCAUUGCCGCCGCACUUUCGACCAAGUACUACGACAAGUGGUGCCCGCGGUGCCCGGUGCUGCAGCCCGCCGUGCAGUCCGCAGUGGCGCGCGCCGUGGCGGCCGACCCGAGCGCCGGCGCGGCCGUGCUCCGCCUCUUCUUCCACGCUUGCUUCGUCAACGGCUACGACGCCUCCGUGCUCCUCGACGACGGUGCCGCCUCGGGGCCGGGCGAGAAGGGCGCCGGGCUCAACCCCGGCUCCCUGCGGGGGUACGAGGUGGUCGACGCCCGCUCUCCGCCAAGCCCGCCGCCCGCGCUGGGGGGGUCGACACAUCACACCCUCCUCGUCGUCGGCGACGGUGGCGUGGGCAUCGCGGCGGCCCUCAUCUUGUUCGACACCGGCGCGGGCGGCUGCGUCUUCCUCGCCCCCAAGGCCCGCCUGUUCCAGACACUCUUCCCGCCGCCGUACGCGUAG